GUUUAUCGUCCUCUCUGCUGAUCCCAAUGGGCUCUACAUGGCGGGCAUUACCAACGCCGGCUACCUCCGCCUCUACGACCUGCGCUCGAACAUCAUGGUUUGGUCCUUGCCGCUCAUCAAAAGUGGACGCGAUCAAGUCUGGCUGUCAGUUUGGUGGUGGCGCGACUGCAUUCUGGCUGUAGCCGAUACUUUUCUGGCCGUAGUAGACCCCGUCACAGAGAAGUGUAUCGUUGCGGUUGAGUACCAGGAGAUGGCAUCCCUGGAGCUCAUCGGAAUCCGCCACGACCAGUUUUUGACGGCUCUUGGGAUCCCAGCGGAUCGUGGA